CUCUGUUGUUUUGGAAGUGGAGCUGCGAGGAUUAUUGUCAGUGACCACGGAUUUUCAUAAAAAUAAUAUUAAAUCGUUCAUAAAAAGUCAAGAAAAGAUCAAACAGUGGCGGUUAAAGUAGAAAACUCUUCAAGAGAAUCCUCAUUCUCCCCGAAAAAGGCACCUUGAUGUUUAUCGGAGAUGCGGAGUGUAAACAAACACGGAUUUUAAAUUCGUUUUCACUUUUUCAACGGGAUAAUGGCCCUUUAAAGGGCUAGAGGAAGCGAGCCAAUGGAUAAAAUAUCAAAAUUUUAAACUCGAGAAAAUUAUGAAGAGGUCUUGGCGGGACAGCGUGGACAGUGAUGACCUCCCAGAGGACGGCAAGCGGAUGUGCUGUCCGUCGGACAUGCACCAGAAGCCGGGCGUUCGGAUGGAGCCGCCGCCGAACCAUUCGCAGCCGUUCGACUUCUCUCAGACGCUGCGCCUCAAAUCUCGGCUGGAGCACCUGCAGGCGCUUCAGGUCCUGUGCCAGCGCAGCAUCCUGGCCAAUUUGCGCCACUUCUACUCCCUGAAGGAGGCGCCGUUCGCCGUCCUGCCGUGGAACAUCAUCGGCGACCUGGUGCGCUACGUGGCCGAAAAGGCGCCGCACGUGCUCACCAAUCCGAAUUUGCUCCACCUGUUCGUCACCGAGCAGACGUCCAUCAUGAGCGCCGACUUCCAGCAGUGCCGCGGCAACACCGAGGCCGUCCAGCGCUUCAUGGUGUCUCAACUCGAGCAGAACAGCCCCAACCUGACCACGCUCGACCUCAGGAUGAAAGACUACUCCAGGUGCUCCACCACGCUCGUCUCUCAGGAGGACCCUCAGGUGAUGCAUGGCCUGGUGAACAACCUUCUGUCGCAGCUAACGAACCUGGAGGAGCUCCAAUUGAACUGCUACGUGGAAAACCGAACUCUGGGCAUCGUUGGGCGCACGUGUCCGCGCCUGAAGCGGCUCAACGUGAGUGGAAACCGCGGAGUGACCAAUCAGGGCGUCUUCCUGCUCUGCCCUGGCUCGACGGCCGACGCGGGCCGCUGCGCCGCCAUCGAGCAGCUCGACGUGACCAACACGGGCGUCGGCAUCAUGGGCGGUGUCCACGCGCUCGCCGCGCUGCCGAAACUCAAGGUGCUGCGCCACAACUCGAGCUACUCGGUGCUCAAAGCGUUCAAGGAGCGACACAAAAACCGGACGCUACCCUCCAUUCAGUCGCUGCACAUCGCCGAACUGCCAUUCCGCGCCAGGUUCGCCACCUCGGACCACCUGAGACAGGUGUGUGAUCUGGUGCCGUCGGUGCGGAGCCUGUCGCUCUCCAGGGUACCUGACGUGUCCCCUCUGCUAAAGCUGAAGGCCGUGUCCAACCUAGAGCUGCUGCACUUCAACUCGGUCAACGUGGUGUGCGAGGUGGAGCGUAUGCUGUCGGCCUUCUCGCUGACCAGACUGUCCAUCACCGGGCAGCACAGCCUCGACCUCGACCUGGUGGCCUUGCGCUGUCCCCUCCUGCAGCACCUCCAGUUGCAGUGUCCCCUGGAUAUCGGCACCAAAGCAAACAGGACUCACUUCCGCAAGUUGGAGACCCUGGACUUGCGGCCGGUGGAGCUACAGGAACUGCCCCUGGCGCCCUUGGAGGCGGCCCUGACAUCGCCCUGCCUUCACAGGAUGGCCCUGACCAACGUCGUGUUGCCCGUCAAGCUAAUGCACCGCCUGCUCGAUGAAGCGGAGGCUGGAAAGGUCGUCUACGCGCAUCUCCUGACUGUGAAACUCGAGCAUGUUGGCGUUGAGAGCUUUCUCGACAAGGAAACUUUGCUUCUCAGGUUUGUAGCCGUCUCGCCGACCCUGAGGGAGGUGUGUAUGAACAACAACAAGUACCCGUGCACCACCGAGAAGGAGAUCCAGCUGCUGAGACUAUUCGCCCGGAUCCACCGCGGAGAGACGCUCAGACUGCGCUCGUCCAACAAAAAGCUCAAUUUUAUCAGCUAAUGCUAUUAUUUUUUUCUGGAAAAUUGACUUGCAUCGCUUGUUUUUUAGAAAUAAAAUUUGUGACUUUGAAACGAA